AUGACGUCCGCCGUCGUCCCAAUGCGCCAAUUCAGCCUUAGGGGCAAAGUAUACAUUGUCACAGGGGGUGGCAGAGGGCUGGGACUCCGCAUGGCAGAGGCGAUGACAGAAGCCGGCGCGGAAGUCAACUGCCUAGACCGCCUCCAGGAUACGGACUCAGAAUUCCUAGCGACGCAAGAACUCGCUUGCCGCGAACACAUCGGCUCGCUACACUACCAUCACCUUGACGUGCGAGAUUCAGAACGUCUACAAGAAACCAUCCGGAAAAUCGCAUCUCGCCAGCGGCGCCUUGACGGUCUCGUGGCAGCAGCUGGUAUCCUCCAACUCACCGACGCGAUCGACUACUCGCCCGAAGAUGUGACAAAAACCAUGGACAUUAAUUACACGGGGCUCUUCAUGACAGCGCAGGCGGUUGCGAGGCAGAUGAUGGAAUACGAAUGUGUUGGCUCAAUUGUGCUCGUGGCGAGUAUGAGUGGCCUCGUGGCCAACAAGGGGAUGAAUGCGCCAGUGUAUAACUCAUCCAAGGCGGCGGUUAUCCAACUAGGGAAGAACCUGGCAAUGGAGUGGGGCCAGAAAGGUAUUCGGGUUAAUUCACUAUGUCCAGGGCAUAUUCUGACGCCAAUGGUGCAGCAAACUUUUGAGAAGGUGGAGGGUCUGUGGCAGACCUGGGAGUCGGAGAAUAUGUUAGGACGGUUGGCGAAGCCGGUAGAGUUUACCGGAGCGGCGAUAUUUUUGUUGAGCGAGGCGAGUAGGUUCAUGACAGGGAGUUCAUUAGUUAUUGAUGGGGGCCACACGGCUUGGUAG